GCAACUACUCCAUUAUAUGCACCUACUACACCCAAACUUUUCCUCAUAAAACCAUAAGCUUUUCAUUCCACUUCCUCCUUAGAAAAAAAAUAUGGAAGAAAUUCAAAUCAUCUCUACUUGUUUAGUUAGAGCAUCUUCAAACUCAAACAAUGGCAACAAACACAUUUCCCAAAAUAUUGAAAUGACACCAUGGGAUUUACAAUUCCUCCUUGUUGAGACUAUUCAAAAAGGUCUUCUUUUCAAGAAACCAACUCCACAACAACAAAACAACUUGGUCAAAUCACUCAACUCUCUUUCUUUAGUUGACCAUUUGAAGGCCUCGCUUUCGCGCACCUUAGACUUUUUCCCUCCACUAGCGGGGCGUUACUCCACUACCAAAAACCCUAAUGACAAUACAAUUACUUCUUUCUCCAUCACUUGUAGUAACUCUGGAGCUGAGUUCACUCAUGCCAUUGCUCCAGAGCUAACAGUAAAAGAGAUUCUUGAAUCAUGUUACGUGCCAACUAUAGUACAUUCCCUUUUCCCACUAAAUAAAGUACGUAACGUGCAAUGUGUUACAAAGCCUCUACUUGGAGUACAAGUAACUGAGCUCGUAGAUGGUUACUUUAUCGGUUGCACUAUGAGUCAUAGCCUCGGAGACGGGACUUGUUUAUGGCAUUUCCUUAAUUCUUUGUCCGAAAUAACACGUGGAUUUGAGUUAAUUAGUCGAUUUCCGACUUUCGAAAGAUGGUUCCCUCAAAAUGUAAAUCCACCAAUUUAUUUCCCUUUAGAAUUGGAUGAUGAAAAAUUAAAUGAGUGUAUGGAGAUGCCAAUAGUGAAAGAAAGGGUUUUUCAUCUUAGUAAAGAAAAUGUGUGUAAAUUGAAAGUAAAAGCCAACUAUGAAAUGGAUACCAAGUCCAUUUCUUCUCUACAAGCUUUCUUGGCUCAUCUAUGGAGGUCCAUUACACGUUGUAAUCGUGUCAAUGCCAACGAAGAAGUCACACUCAACAUUGUCAUUGGUACAAGAACAAGGCUAAAUCCGCCUCUACCCGAAGAAUACUGGGGAAAUGCAGCUAUUUUCAAGCCAAUUAAGGUAAAAGCAGGGGAAUUACUCGAAAAUCGACUUGGCUAUGCAGCAAUGCUAAUAAAUAAAGUUGUUGCUUCACAAAACUAUGAAGAAGUGAUCGAUUCAUACAAAGGAUGGGUUGAAAAACCCGUGAUAGUUGGUAAAAAAUCACUUUUUGUGGCUAAUAAAUUGUCAAUUAGUAGUUCUCCAAAAUUUAGCAUUUAUAGUUGCGAUUUUGGUUGGGGAAAACCAGUGGGAGUGAGAAGUGGAAUGGCGAAUAAAGGCGAUGGGAAAGUUACAUUAUAUCCUGGGGUUGAAGAAGGAAGCGUAGAUAUUGAAGUUUGUCUUUUGACUUCAACGUUGUUAGCAAUGGAGAAUGAUGAAGAAUUCAUGGAAUUUGUCACCGUCUAGACAAGACUAUGACAGAAAAGUCACUUA